ACUGACAGUUCUCGUCGCUAAACCCAGCCUAACCUAAUAAAAAAGUUCUAUGAGUCAUGGAAAAUAAACAUCUAAUUCUCUUUUACCUUAAUUGAUUUGUUUCAAAAGGGUUCCAUAAUAGUUGUGAGAUAAAAGUUGAUGAACAUGUCUCAAAGGAGAAAAGAAAGUGUUCUUGACAAAUUGGAACCUCAGGAAAGGCUGAAGCAGCUAAUAAACUAUAGUAAUCAAGUGGAAGUGGAUCAUAAUGUGUCCCCUUUGAGGUACUAUCGUUCAGGCCUAGAGAUGGUGCGAAUGGCGAACGUUUAUUAUAGCGAAGGCAGUCUGGAGAAUUCCUAUGUUCUUUAUUUAAAAUUCAUGACGUUAUUUCUGGAGAAAAUUCGGAAACAUCCUGGAUUUAAUGCUGUACCAGUGGAGGUAAAAUCUAAAAAUCAAGCCAAGCUGAGAGAAAUUCUGCCACGUGCCGAGAAAUUGAAAAAACAAUUGCUGGAUCAGUAUCAAGACGAUUACAAUAGGUGUUUAGCAGAAUUGAAGCAACAGGAACUGGAACAGAAAAGGAAGGAAAAUGCAACUAGAAGAGCGGAAAAACCCAAAAUGCCAGUGACUUGUGUGACAGACAGAUCUGCAGCAGUUGUUAAAGUAACAGGAAAUUUGGAUGACAUAAGUUACCCAGAUCCAGACACGAAUGUAAUAGUACCAUCUGCUCCACUACCCUCAGAACCUUCAUAUGACACGAUUACUCCUUCAGUUGACAGGUGCGUUUGGGCUGAGAGGAAUGAAUUGAUCAUAACACACAUGAUUUUACCUAAGCAAAAGGGAACCUCCGAUUCCUGUAUGACAAUGAAUGAAGAGGAAAUAUUUGAUUAUCAAGAUCAGCAUAAUCUCAUAACUAUAGGCUGGAUUCAUACUCAUCCCACACAAACAGCAUUCCUGUCGAGUGUGGAUCUUCAUACUCAUUGCCCUUACCAGUUACUUAUGCCUGAGGCUAUUGCGAUAGUGUGCUCUCCAAAGUAUAACGAAACUGGUUUCUUCAUUUUGACUCCAACUCAUGGAUUGCAAUUCAUUGCGAAUUGUCGAAAAGGUGGGUUUCAUCCUCAUCCAACUGAGCCACCUCUUUUCAAA